AUGGAGAGCCGCGCGCCGAGCUUCCACCUGUUCCCCCUCCUCCCCACCGAGCUCCGGCUCAAGGUCUGGCACCACGCCCUGCCGUGCCGCACCAUCCCCUUCCGCUUCAAGCUGAACCUCGACGCCUGGAACUGGGCCUCCGAGGGCGACUGGUGGUCGCAGCUGUACAUCAAGGCCGCCGACGGGCCCUACCGCCCGCACACACUGCUGCGCAUCCCGGCCGUGUGCUUCGCGAACCAGGAGACUUACCGCGAGCUGCGGCCCCAGUACCCCAACUUCCGGAUCCGGCCGGAGGCGUUCGCCCGCGUCGUCCCGGACCAGGGUGUCCAAGGAUCACCGGACCAAGGGGGCGGCUCAGACGCGGCGCCGCACUUCAACCGCGACCGGGAUGUCAUGCACUUCCCGAGCCCGUACCUCUGGAGUGGCGCCAGCCUGGAGGGGACCCCGGACACAUUGCACACUGGCGGCCCAGGCGCGCUCUUCCUGGCCGCGGCCCUGAGUGCGCGCCACGUGAGCGUCGACCUCGAGGAGUGGGGGGAUCUCGACGAGGCCUUCAAGACCCUCACGCUCGCGGUGCUGGACGCAACGGGCCCGCUGCGGAGUCUUGGGUUCGGGUUCACGGUGAACGAACGGCAUGUGCGGCAACACCGGCUUGCCCCAGUGCCGCGCGAUGCGGAGCGGUAUGUGCUCCCGGCAGAGUGGGACCAGGACAGCGUACGAGACCUGGUCAUGAGGCGGGGUGUGUGCCUCCUACCAUGGUUCAGGGGCGGAUGGAGGGCGUCGGAUUUCGCGGACCAGGGAGAUCGUAGCCGGCAGUAUUGGACCGACGGUACCAAGGACGGCAGGUCACUUAAAGCAACGACGGACGGACGUAAGGUAGAUGAAGGCUGCGAAGGCGCUGGUGGGGAGCAGGAGUAUGCCGUGUAUGCGGUCCUUAACUUCGAGGAGCGCAACCUGGUCAGCCGGCCGAUGACCGACGUGCGGUACCGGCAGGCAGUCCCGCAGCUUGAGCAGCAAUAUGCUAUGUGCUGCUCCGGCGAUGGAAGCCAGAACUUGAGGGAUAAUACUAGACUCCCGUUUGAGCCGUGGCUUUCGGUGCCCACGGAUAUUUCUUGGUCCUGGGAAACCAGGAGAGAUCUCAUUCAUGGGUUCUGCUUACCCACUUAUGGAUUGCCGGCCUAG